UUUGUAUAUAUUUCUGUAAGAUAGCAUUUAUGUAUCUUUGUUGUUUUCAUCAGUAUGUAUUUAGAAUAACCCAGUUAUUGUCAGUUUUGUGUUUUAUUAUAAAGUUUGGGAACCUGGAAUUAAGCAACAUGGUUAUUUUUUGAAGGUGGUUUCUGUCAUGUUCAACAUCGUAGCUCCACCCGGGCCAAUCCUACAGUCUCCACCCGGGCCAGAUAUGUCCAUGUCAACAUCAAACAAACACCCAACUCAACUCAUUGAUUACUGAAAAAACUUACACCUGCAUCUUUGUUUGGUCUGAUUCCACUCCAGCUCCAGAAACCAAGCCAAAGACACAACUGGGUCCUGUUAAAAUCCCGGCAGCUGCAUGGAGGGGAAGCAUUAGAAUUCCAGGCCCUCCAGCAGGCUGUGGGGCUUUGUGCUGGUGGGCCAGCUCAGCAGGAGCCUGUUUGAAUGAGAGUUGAUGAGGUUCAGCAUGAGGCAGUGGAGGAAGCUGGUGCUGGCGGCCAUACUGGCCUGGGCCCUCCUUUUCCUUGGCCUUCUCUCCUACUUUCUGGACAACCGUGUGGAGGAGCCUCUGACUCCUGCCGGCUCCUUGGUUUCCCAGCAUUCAGACACUCGGCGGCUCACCUCCAUACAGUCCUCCCAGCAGCAGCAGCAGCCCGUCCCGGGUCUCCGAUCUGAGCAGGGUCUGAACUCAAUCAGAACUUCUCAUGGAAACCAGCCGGAAGCAGGAGUUUUGUCCAGCUCUGAAACCCCAGGGAACAUGGUGAACCACAUUCCAAGCAGUUCUCCCUAUCAAACUUAUGGAAGCCAGGAAGCAAACCAUCAGAAUGAUUUGGACCCGCAGAGUCUGGCUGCCUGGUCCUCCUUCGGUACACAAAACGUAGAUUCAAACUUCAAUAUUGCAUCACAGCAUCGUGAGAGAGCAUCUCAAAGCAUCUUCAGCAACAACGUUGAAGAUGAAGAGCUGCCAAACGAAAUAAGUCCUUUAGUUGAGAGGAGGGCCGAUGCAGACAAUGUGGUGCAGCACAUGUGGAGGGGCACCGUGUCCUCUGGCAUGCUGAGUCCUCGACUGAAGCGAGCCAUGAAUGACUACAUAAACGCCAACAAACACCACGUUUCCUACCAAAGGCACCGCAAGGUCGCUCGCAGCGCAAAGGAGCUGCUGUGCCAAAUGAAAAACCAGUCCCAGCUGAGGACGGUGGACGGGUCCGAACAGCCUUUCUCCUCGCUUGGCUGGGCUGAUUUUGUGCCAUUGGUCCCCCUUCAACGUUGGAACAAACAGCGGGGGGGGCGCAGCUUCAGGACCUGCGCGGUGGUCAGCUCCGCUGGUGCCAUCCUGCACUCAGGCCUGGGCAAAGAGAUUGACAGCCACGAUGCCGUUCUACGCUUCAACGCAGCGCCCACUGAGGGAUACGAGCAAGACGUGGGGACCAAAACCACCAUUCGCAUCAUCAAUUCCCAGAUUUUGGCGAAUCCCAAGCAUGAGUUUAAGACUAGUUCCAUCUACAAGAACAUAACUCUGGUGGCCUGGGAUCCUGCACCCUACACGCUCAAUUUAGACGAGUGGUUUGCCAGUCCGGACUACGACCUGUUCGGUCCGUAUGUGGAGCACCGCAAGAACCAUGCUGAGCAGCUCUUCUACAUCCUACACCCCAGCUACCUGUGGCAACUGUGGGAUCUGAUUCAGAGCAACACUCAGGAGAAAAUCCAGCCCAACCCUCCUUCAUCUGGCUUCAUAGGUAUCCUGACCAUGAUGGCCCUAUGCGACAAGCUGCACGUGUACGAGUACAUCCCCUCCAUGAGGCAGACGGACUUGUGCCACUACCACGAGAACUAUUACGAUGCCGCCUGCACGCUGGGCGCUUACCACCCCCUCAUUUAUGAAAAGAACCUGAUCCGCCGGAUAAACUUGGGCUCGGAAAAGGACCUCCUAAAAAAGGGGCGGGUCACUCUCCCAGGCUUCAGCACCCUCACCUGUGGCGCCUGAGCUGUGAAAUCUGACUGAAUAUGGCCACACACACACACACACACACAAACACACACACACACUGGUCUUUUGUUGCUGACCAGGGGAGAGCUGCAAUACGGCCACUCCAGAUGGCGAGGGCGAAGGGUUUCCAAUGAGAUCCACAAAAAGCAAAAGCCAUAGCCCUCAGCAAAAUGAACCGUAAGUAUUAUGGAAAGACUUUGUCGUCAUUGAGGAUGGUUUGUUUGACCAGAAACUGGACCUUCUGAAACAACACAAAAAAAAAAAGAAUUCUGCUUUAGCUGAGCCACGUUAGCUGUGGAGCUAUGGUAGCACAAGUGAAACAUUUGAACAAAAACACAUUUUUAGUAAGUUUCUGUUGUGAAAUCAGUGUUUUACAGUAGGAUGGGCUGUACUCUACUUAAAGGCAACGCCCCUUUUUCUAACAAUCCUUUUUCCUCUCGAUGAAAAAAGGCGUUUGUAGGUGAAGGAAUAUCCACUCUGAAUGUCACAAAUACAACAGUAUGAUGUAUAAAUAGCAGUAACACUUGUUUUGAAGUUGUUUUCAGCGUUGCUGUACACACUUUAUGGCAAAAACAGGACUUGUUUUAUGUUGUCAUGUUUCUAUUUCCAACUACUGACGUGUUUGGUCUUAAACCUGUGCGCGCUGACAGUCUGUUGCAGUCAGAUCUGGAGCCCAGAGCAGCCAUAACUUCUGGGCCGGGGCUCGAACCAACACCUCUGGGUUGUAUCUCUUCACAUCAAUGCAGUGAAAACUGGCACAACUGCAAAAACCCAUUCUGUCUGAAUGUGACGACAGGUGCCUGACUUCUCCAUUCUGCCUUGGCAAUCACCUCCCACCACCCUCCCCAUCCUUUUUUUUCUCUUUAUUGCCCAUUUAAUGAAUGUAAUGUGUCACAAUCACUAUGUGUUGCUGCAAAAUCUUCAAUGGAGCUCGUCCCUGCUGUCGUUCGCGCCAACUGAGGUAUAAAAUAUCUGGAAUAAAAGAGCACAAAGAGCCUUCUCUUCAACUUUACAUGACUAGAUCCUGUAAUUAAAUGUUGAGUCAAUCCAGAGUUCCAAGUGCAGACAAUUAUGGCAAAGGAAUUUGGCCCUGCAAUGUCCUCCGACCCACUGUUUACAGUGAGAGGCCCAUGUCAGCAGCUGCUUCAAGGGACUUUAGGUCAGCAGGGAAGAGAGAAUCUUUGGGCUGAAACCUUCUUUGUUUUUUUGUUUUGCUUUUUUAUAUGAAUUGCAAUUGAAUAACGACGUGAAACCGUCAGGGAAAUGUAGCUUUAAAGUUUGACAUAGUGCAAAGAGGCUUUUAUUUUGAAACCAUGGAACAUUAGUUAGACAUAAGAAAAAAACAAAUAGUUACUGUGAAGUAAAGGGUAAUAUAAAACAGUAUUGAUAAAUUAGUAAUGAGCAACAUUUGAGAAGAUGAUUUUUGGAACACCAAUCAGCCAUAACGUUAUAACCCAUCUGCUGAGGAUUUCUGUUUGGGUGAAGGCCUGUUAUAUGACCAAAACAAGCUCAGAAUUCUCAACUUUAGUUUAAAGCAUUAUUGGGUACCAAAUGCUGCCAAAAGAUGGACAUUAGUCUGAACAAAACGGCAGUAUAAUACUAUCAAAUGCAAUACCACGUUCCACCACUAGGUAAAAAGUUUAUUUAAAGCUUCUGUCAAUACUUCAAAUGUAAUUUUUAAAAUUAUAAAUGUUAAAAAGUAUAUAGAAUAUGUGGAACCUGUCUGUUUUUUAUUGAUCUUACGCAAAAAAGAUAUUGGUAUUUUUUUUCCCAUGUCUAUUCUUGGGAUUUAAAAUGGGAAUUUGGUGUAAAGCACCCUGGGAUAGAUUCUCCCCCGGAAUGAAGAGAAGAAAGCAAUUCCAGGCUAUGAAAGGCCAAAGGGAUGGCACGGCUGUGUGUGACAAAAAAGUCAUGAGAAAAUGAAUAAGAUUACUACAUUUGAUUUUUUUUUUUUUUAAUAAAUGAAGCUCAUGCUGACAUCAGUUUAAAUUCCAAAUUAUUUUCAACUCCAAAACUCCAAAAAGAAGUUUCUAUUUCCAAAAACAUAAGUUAAUUAAUCAAUUGGUACAAUUCCUAAGUAAAUUUUUACUUUAAUUUGAAUUUUUUUGUAAUUUUUCAUAAGCAAUAUAUUGCUGUUCAAAUGUCAUUGUUUUCCUUGCAGGAAGUUAAAACUACUUUUAUUUGUUAUUUUAAUAUCCAAAAAUAAGGAACAGAAAGUUUACCUGACAGAACCAGAACCAGCAUUAUUUGGAUUAGAUACUUUAAGUCAUGUUAGUUUCUUGUGUUAGUUUUAAUUCACAAUUUGACCUUCUAUUUCAAACCCCUGCCAUUAAACAAAAUGUAAUUUCUGCAGAUUUUCAAAGUAAAAGGCUUAUGUUAUGUAAAAUUUUAUGUUUUUACACUUUUGCACUUUUAAUGGGUACAAACUAACAAAAGAAAUGCCUAAAUAGGCAAAUAAUGUAUCAUUGGCAUUUUAAUGCUGUGGCUGAUGGGUGUUCAUGACAAAACAAUAUUAUUAUUAAUUUGUUCGAUCGGUAAAUGUCAUUAUUUUAGUGACAAAAAGGAACUAACUGACAUAAAAGUAAUCUUAAAAUGUCAAACAACUUCUUCUUCAUCAAUGUUUUCUGGUUAAAUGAGAUCUGAAGAUUCCUUUUUAGGUUGUGGUGAGUUUCAGACCAGCUUGUCGUGUCUGUGCUGACGUAUGUUAAUUAUGUUUGUGACGUUGACACACUGGAGGUGCACAGACUCUGAUCAUGUAUGUUUUUUGGACUCCAGGCAGAGAGCAGAGUGGGAUAAAUCAUUGUAAUAUACUUUGGAGAUUUCUUUUUUUAAAUGCUUUUAUUUUGUGUGUGGAUUUGAUUGCAUGCUUGUUGAACACAUCCAGACUGGAGGUUGGCAACUUCCUGAUGGCGUUAGUCCAGCUGGGAUGGCGUGUUGGAGUUUGAUCUUUGUAUGUUUAUGUGCCAAAAUCCUUCUUUGGUCCUCUUCACAUGGGGUUGGAGUGGGAUAAGGAUUCUGGGAAAAGUGUUUGUCUUCAGGAUGCUUAAGGGCAAGUUUAAUGGUGUUUUUUAUCCUCUAAAAGAGGGCCAUUUACUUCAACAAAAACAUUUGCUGACAUAAUCAGUCGAGUUUUCAGGAGUUUUUGUAAGACGGGGUUCUGUGUGAAACUGUUGGGGGGGUGUAGAUCUAACAGGGGGUGGGUGUGUCUUCUUAUUGCAUCGUUCUGAGUUUAAAGCCUCCUUUUCACAAUAAAAUGUCUCCAGUGAAAGUGCUUCACUUCUUUCUGCUGCAGAUGAAUAUUCCUAACACCUCACGUAGCCGCAGCGUCAUAAAAAGAGAGCAUUUGCGGUGUAAACAGAGCGCCUUUCCUCCACUGAGAGCUCGCUUUCUGACCGGUUUGUGCUCAGAAUGGUGGGAGUUUCUGCACCACACCGCCUUUAAAAGAUUGUUUACUUCCCUCCUUUUUUCUAUUCUCCUCUGUGGUUUUCUCCAUUUGGAUCAGAGUGAAGCUCCUGUUUCGCUCCUACCAGCCUUUUGGUGUUUAUCUUGAUUUUGACGUGUUCUCUUACACUUGAAGAGAUAUUGAAUUGUCUAAUUUAAAACUGUUUUUUUUUGUUCAUUUAGUUUUUUUUUUUUUACUAAAUAAAGGUGUUCUACAUUGUUCUA